AUGGUGGCAGCAGAGACGAUCCCGUGGGUCAACGGAGCCGAGCGCCUCGAGUGUGCUAAGUGCAAGGCCUGCAAGGCAGCGGCCUUCAAGAAGAAUGUGGUCUCGCAGGUGCCGUCGGUGUCCCUUCGGCCGCGUCGUGGCGGACAGGGGGGUGGCGGCGCCCAGGACACGGAGCUCCAGCAGUUGCGCAAGCAGUUGCAGUCCGUCCAGGAGCAGCUGCAGCAGGAGAAGAAGCGGAAGGCCAGCACGAUGGACGUCGACGAGAAGCAUGAGGAAGCGACCGACCCGCAGAAGGAGCGGCUCGCAGAUAUCGACGGUCUGCUGGACUCCAUCAAGGAGAAGGAUGCGAUCCUGGCCAGCUUACGUGCCAAGCAGCCCAUCACGGUGCAGCUGUCUGGGCUCAACGACAAGCUGGCCAGGACAAAGACGAACAUUCAAAAGGUAGAGAAGUUGGUCGAGGCCAAGCGGGCUCAGCUUGCUGAGAUCCAGGCCUCGAUCAACAGGGAGUGCGCGCAGAUUGAGCAGCUGCGGCAGCAGGAGAUCGAGGUGGAGCGGAAGAUUCGCGAGGUGGGCAUGGCCACUUCGCAGCCGCCGAAGCGGCCAGGAGAGCCUAGCCAGCUGGGCGAGGCCAAAGUCGAGCUCACGGACCUGCAGGACAUGGUACGUUCAGCGGGUGGUGGCGCCCUGGCUGAGACGCUGCCGCAGCUGCUGCAUACGAAGCUCACCGAGAUGGUCAGUGCCAAGCGUGCACGCCUGGCCGAGGGAAAUGGAGCUGACCCAGGGCGCCUCAGUGAAGGGGGCGCCCCUGAGUCGACGAAGCCCAUCGAGGAGGUCAAGAGCUACCUCACGGCAGCGGGGCAUGAGCUACCUGAGAAUGAGGACGAGGUCAGGAGGGCCGAGCCGUUCGUCCCUCGCAGCUUGAUGGGCGACAACGACGUAGACCCGUUCGCGUUUGAUGACUACCACGGCAGCGGCUUCCAGGACUGGGGGGCUGAUGACGAAGCGGGUCCACAUGUCCCAGAUCAAGGGGCUCGCAGCGGCGGAGAUGGGCCUGUCGCAACGGCUGGCCUCGCGGCAACGGACGGGAUCGUCGCAGAUAAUCGGGUGCACGGGCAGGUGGCGGCUGCCGAUGCGUGCGGACCCUCGCCUGCGCAGAGGCCUCGGGCCGAGACUGCUCGACCAAGCUUGGCGGCGACGCGCUCUGCGAGGGGGGCCGCGUCAGCUGAGAAGCGCGAUGAGGUAAGGGGCUACUUCCCCACCGUCAACGCCACCUCGCACGGGCCGCUGUGUGAUUACUUGGGAGGCAAGCCUGGGCACGCGGUGCUGGGAGUUCAGGAACGCCACGCUACGACGGACAACUUCGAUCGAGUGCAGUCGAGGUUGCACGAUUUGGGGUAUCACGGCAUGUGGGCUCCAGCGAUUGCAACGGGCAAAGGCAACGGCACGUCCGCUGGAGUGGCGGUGUCGGCCAAGAGCCACAUCUCCCUCACCUGCCCACCUGCGACGUCGACCCCAGUGCUGGAGGCAGGACAUGGCCCAGCCAGCGACGAGGCGCUGAGCACGAUGCUGCAGUAUAUACACAUGCUAACCAGCUUGUGCAUGGACUGGGUCGCGCUGGGGGAUUCCAACAUGACGGUGGAGGAGUUAGGCUUGAGUUGGAUCCAUGCCCUUCUUGGGGUAGCAAUUGCGACCACUGCCGCGACUUGCCGCCAGGGAGAUGGUUCUAUCAUUGACUACGCGCUGGUGGCGGCCAACCUGGCCACGAAGGUUGGCAUGCCCGAGGUGGAUGAGGAGGCGCUCACGUCGCCCCACAGGCCUGUCGUCUACCCGCUGAGGACGGUCGAGGUGCCCAUGUGGUGCCGUGCGCCCGACGAACCGUCGCCAAUCGGAGCGGUGCCGCCGACGGGCCGUGCCAGACCGCCUCGGGGCUGGGAGCGAGUCCAUGAGCUCAUCCAGAUCGCGAGCAGCCAGGCAGACUUACAGGUAGCGUGGGACGCGGUCCUAAUGGAGACCGAGAAUGAGCUGCUCGAUCGGUGGGAUGUCACGGGUAGGGAGCGUCUACGACGGAGUGGAAGAGGAGGUGUUGUUCGCACGAAGUGGGUGGCCCGACAGUGGAAGCCGCCUGCGGUCAGACUGCAACAGGGCGACGCGGCGCGUGCGUGGGGGGCCGCGGCCAGGUGGGCGCAGCACCUCACCGCCUCUCGCAAGCAGAUGCAGACCAAGAUCCAGAGGUUGCAGGCGGCUAAUGCACUGUGCGCGCUGAGCCCCACCCAGUUUGAGGACAUAGUAGCGUUUUUCAUCGAGCUUCAGGCGUUCUUUCAACGAGUCAUGAGGAAGCCAUACACGCUGAAGCGGUUGCCUGACUGGGUCGUGACAUGCUUCUCGCACGGCCCCAAGGUGUUCAACUUGGAGGAUUUCGAGCCGCAGGCGCUGGCGAUUCAGGAUGCCGACAAGAUCCACUUGCAACAGGACCAGAGCGUUCGGAAUGGAAAGUGGAAGGGUUGGGCGCACCAAGCGUUCAUCGGCAGUGGCACUGGCCAAGCGCAUCGUGCGACGAAGUGCAGAGCGUUGCAGGAAGUUAUAGGCGCAGCCGUCGUUGGAGAGCCGCACGUCUUGGUGGAGCGCGAGCUGACGGCCUGGAAGGAGGUGUGGAGCUGUCGCGAGCUGGACCCGCUAACCUUGCCGACGGUCUCAGAUGCAGGGCCCACGGCCAUCGCAGACCUAUUCAACAAAUGCGAGGAGAAUCUCACAUGGCCAGACGAGCGGACCAUCAACGAGCUGGUAAGGUUACCGAAAGGGGACGGCAAUGGACACCGACUUAUUGCGCUGGUGCAGACGCUCGUACGGCUGUGGCCCAAGGCGCGAUCCCCCCUCUCCAAAGCGUGGCUGAAGCAGGCGAACAUCCCUGACAUCUGGGGCUGCGGCGGCCCUGGCAGAUCUUCAAGCCAUGUUGCUUUUGCUCGCAUCCUGGAGGCUGAGCAGAAGUAUGAGACGUCUGAGUGGUUUAGUGUUAUCCCACGGGCACUAGUGGACGAUCUGACAUUGCAGUGGGUGGGCGCCAACACCAAGACGUUGCAUUUCUUGUUCGGGGCCGUGAAGAAGUUCAUCGUGCUGGCCAGGCCCCUUGGGCUCAUUCUCCAGGUGGAGAAAUCUGGUCUGGUGGCGGCCUGCCCGAAGGCCAAAAGGAUGGUCAGCAAACAGGCGUCGCCGAUUGGCAUUCCGCUCAAGUCCCGCACCAGGAACCUCGGGCACGAGCUGCACGGCACCGACCGACGCCGACACCAGACCAAGGCUCGCAUGGCCAAGUUGAAAAAGAGGAUGGUCAGGGUGAAAGCUUCCAGAUGGACGGUGGGCAACAAAGUAUCGGUCAUCUGGAGAUCGGGGCUUUUGAGCUCUGCGAACCACUGUGCCACCGUCAGCGGGACCCCUGACAAGGACCUCCAGACCCUGAGGCGGGCUGCGGGGGCCCUGUGUGGGGCUAAGGAAGGCUCAACUGGCCUCACGGCCUACCCCAUGACCCAGAAGGACCCCUGGUAUGACCCCAUAUAUGAUGCCACCCUGAGCCCUGUUGUAGCUUACUCGCAGGCCAUCUGGGGUGCCACAGUUGCGCUCGGUAGGCUUGAGAGGGUAUUCGAAGUGCAGUUCGAGCUGGGCCCAGGCUGA